AUGAAACGUCUUCAAGGUAAUUGUCAUUCUCCCUCUUAUUCUCUAUCCUAUUUUGUUAUGGCCGAGCAACAUACCGCCUCCUCUACCGCCAUCACACCCUUCUACUAUGCUCUGCUUCCAUCACUCUAUGAGAAAAAACCUAAAACCUUCUACCGCCAUCACAUCGAUGCUUCACCUGCUGAAUCAAUAGUUACGACAAUUACCUCAUCAUCCAACGAUCCCAAGCAAAACCUAAACCAAGUCAUCAAUUCAAUUCAGAAAACACUAGGAACCAUCCAUCAGCUCUACCUCACUUUCUCUUCCAUCAACGUUUCCUCCCAACUCCCGCUUCUCCAAUGCCUAAACACACUUGUUAUGGAGAUGGAUAAUAUGGCGAAAGUGGUACCUCUGUCUGUCUCCGCACAUAAGGUGUUUGGUAAAAUGCCCCAGAGAGUUUACAGACGCAUGACAAGUGCUAAAUGA